UAUGUCAGGCACGCACUGGGCAAUGAAACGCGCGGUCAAUACUUAGCUCGGAGGAAUGAUAUUAUUGCCGGAAAAGAAGCGCCCGUUGUUGUCAAACGACGCAAUGUACUGCAGGCCGAGCGACAAGCGAAACGAGCCCAUCGCUCUCGAGCGCAAUUGCAGGCUCGAGACGAAGGACGAAAGCCGGUCCUGUUAUCGCGGAGGCCUCUUACAUUCCUCGUGCAGCCGCAGUCUGUCUCGCCUCUCUCCUCCCGUGGGAUACGCGCGCCAGGAGUGCCUUCGAGCGUGACGAGAUCGCACGCCGAUCUUCUGCAUUUUUCUCAAUAGAAACAAGGAGCGUGUGCUUCACUUCCCCUUCAUUGGAUACCGAUUUUAUUCCAUCCGCUAUUUUUACUUGCAUUGCAUUUCCAAAUUUUAUUUAUCGAAUAACCUUUUAGACGAUGUUUCUUAGGUAAAUGUAGAUUUGCGCUUUGCUCCGAAUUGCUCCAUUCGACUUUUUUAUUCUGUUUACGAUACACUAGCUUCGAAUCUGCCACCAUCGGCCAUAUUGACUCUUAGAUGACGUAUGUAUGGACAUGUUGCUUUUCGACAGUGCUAAUUAAUAUAUUGGAAAGCUCGAUAUUUUUGAUAAAACAAUGCAGUUUAAGCAAGUGGCUGUCAUGAUAAUGCAUUCUCUGUAAAGUAUUAACUUCUCUGACUAUUAGUGUUGUUUUCAGUUGAAAUUCAAGUUGUAAAGUGAACGCCGCAACUUGAAAAUAACCUAUGAAUGUUUUGUGAAGUCGUGAUUGUUUUCACAAAUGUACAUGAGUAGAGUCGAAUAUUGGUGUUAAAAUUUUAAGUAAUACUCAAGUCACAUACAACAAUAAAUAAAAAUGAUUACCGUGAACCGAAGCGAUGGAGUCAAACGGAAAUACAGAGGAAAGUUUUUAAUAAUGUGUGAUAAUAUUUUUAGCGGUGAAGACGUAACACUGACUUACCCUAAUUUUUGGAAUGAAUUGCUGCUAAUUAAACCUUACUAUUCUUAUGUAGAGAGUGAAAUAAUGAAAUUAGAUCAGGAAUCUCUCACUCGAUGCAAGAAAAAUUUGAAUACAUUAAUGUUACAUUGUGUGGAAGCAUUGAAUGAUGAAAAUGGAUACAAGAUUAUUCAUUCGGUACAAACUAUUUCAGUUGUUCUAUUUUCAUUAUUUAAAAAACUCAGUGAAUAUAACAUCAAUCAUGACUUAUUAGAUGUUCUAUUUGGAGUUGAUAGCGUAGAAGAAAAAAUGACAAAUUUGAUCAAGCACUCAAAUGCUUUCAUAACUGGCGAAUAUCCAUCUAGUUUAAAAGCUUCAUUUAUCCAGAUGUAUUUAAUUAUUGCCACUGGUAUGGGCAACAUGGAUGAAAAUUUACUCAUCAAAUACAUGAUGAAUAGUACUGUAUUCGAAUCACUUAUAGAAUUACUAAAAGACAAAACAUCAAGAAACCAUCAUGGGCACAGUAUAAUAUUGAUUUUGAUGUUACUCGUUAACUAUAAGAAACAUAAGAGUACAAAUCCUUUCAUUGUUAAACUAUCGAUACUGGAUGAUGAACUGGCACUCAAUGGCUAUGGACAAGUUAUUUCAAGUACAUUAUCAGACUUUUGUAGAAAAUUCCCUCUUUUAAAUGUAUGUGUUGAAGGAUCAUGGUUUUCAUCUUUGACCAACAUAAUUGGUAAUAUUUUUGUCGGUGAAGAAGAGACUAAAUGGCAGCAUAUUCAGGACAAUAACUCAGCUCUUCUUGCUUUAUAUGAAGCAAUUCAUCUCAACAGAAAUUUUAUGACUACAUUAGCUUAUACACAAAAUGAAGAAACUUUUCCAGUUUAUCAAAAGGAUACUGCAAAUCAGAAUGCAUCAGAAUUUCAAACACUAGAAGUUACCACACAACCCUCCAAUUUGUUAGCUAUAUUUUUUCAAUACUGCUCAAUUAUAAUGCAUGCUACACCAACAGAUAGAGUGAAUAACAACGUGAAAUUGUGUUUCCUAAUUUUAAAUUGUAUUUCUGAAGAUCAGUACGCAAAUAGUUUGAUGCACGAUGCCAAUUUAGUUUUCAAAGUGCCGCUUUACAAGAUAUCGAUAAACCAUAGAAAAUAUGGAACAUCUAUGUCUUUUUCUCAACCAUUGGCAGCUACUCUUAUAGAUAUAAUGAUUGACUUUAUUUCUUCGCACAUGGUGAAGAAAUUUAAUUUGGAGUUGUACUCUCAAUGUCUGGGUAUAUUAUUGAGGAUAUUAUAUUAUCAAAAGCGAUCUUGUAUUCGGUUGAACUAUGAAUGGAUUAAACUUUGGACAGUUCUAAUAAAUCUCAUAAAAUUCCUUACAUUGCAUGAAAAUCAUUUAGCAAAGAAAAUGAACAUAUUUUCACUAGCUACAGAAGUAGUGAAAAUUUUGAAUAUAUUUAUAACAUACGGUGACACUUUUCUUUUUUCAUCUAGUGCAUACGACAAACUUUUUUACGAGAUCAUUCGUAUGAAAAUGAUAUUUAUAAACCUGCAUGCAAUGGGACUUCGUUAUUCAAAUUGUGAACAUUACAAAUACAAAGAGAGUGCUGCAAAAUUAACGAAUGCCUUGGUGAACAUAAGAGACAUUUUGGAUCAUUUUUCGCCAAAAAUUAAUGAAUGGUUAGUGAGGCAAAAUAUAUCAACACCAUCGGAAAAUCAAAUAAUGGCCAUCAUUAUAGAGCAUUACGACAGUUUGACGUUGAAACUUCAAGAGAACUUGGAUCAUUUUGAAAGAUAUUCAGAACACGAUACUUAUUCUGAAUUUUUUAGUAAUUUGGUAAGCAAUAUGAUUACAGCUACAAGACUGUCUAUAAAUAUUGAAGAAGUCGACUGCCAAAGUAUAUUUAAAGAUUGUAGUCCUAAUAAUCAAUAAAUGAUUUUUCGCGAAAAUAAAAAUUAUCGAUUAUAUUUCACAUUUUGAGCAGAAAGCACUAAAACGAUGUAAAAUUAAAAAAAUAUACCAAUUUAUUUUGUAUACUUCGUAUUUAUCUGUUACGUUUGAUAAUGUAUGUACAUAAAAGAGAAAUUUUUUGUAAGCACCCUUGGUUGAACUUUGUAAAAUUUUUUUCUAGUUAUUAUAUUUGUUAUUAUAUAUGUAUUUUAUUAUAAUGCAGCUUUAAGCAAAUAAAAAAUCACUUUAGCACAAAAAUUUGCAUCCUAUAUCUCGAUAGACCUUGACCUUACUCAACUGUUUCUUUUAUUUAAAAUUAUACUAAAAAAAUAAACGUUUCAAACACUCCUUGAACUAUAAUUAUGGUCUAAUUUGCAAUUACUUCCGUAUUUUAAUUGAUUUUCUCGAACGUGAUAGCAUAAAUAUUGCUGCCGUGCGCGAUCGCGAAGCCUUACGAUAAUAUAUAAUUAGUGUUAAAUUAUCGAAACCUUUCAACGCCUCUCAACUUGACAGUAUGUCAAAGGGUAAUGUCCAAUUGCAAGAAGAAUUAUUUAACGUGCAUCCGCUAAAAAUUCGAAAAACGGCCAUUUACUCCCUCUAUGUUAGCGGAGUGCAUUAAACCGGGCAGCGGGUGGGAAACUCGUUCUUGUUAGGUCCCGAGAGCGACUUAGAAAGUACAGGUCCUU